AUGCUCAGAGGUGAAAAGUAUGCGGGCGAAAAAGUCGAUGUCUGGAGCCUGGGGAUCAUCCUGUAUGCUUUGUUGAAGGGCGAACUGCCAUUUGAUGAGGAUGACGAUGCUGCAACCAAAGCUAAAAUUUUGAAGGACGACCCCGUAUACCCCAGCACCUUCCCGGAACCAGCGAAGACUCUAAUAUCGAAACUCCUCUCCAAACGACCUCUUUACAGGCCUACCCUCUCUGAAAUUUUGGCCGACCCCUUCUUGGCCGACCACGCGCCACAGCAACAAGCCGUGUUGAAGCUUUCUCAGCCGGCAGCCUUCUCCACAGAGUUGGAGAAAGAUACUCUGGAGCGAAUGAAAGCUGCUGGUGUAGAUAUUGACAAGGUCAUCGAGAACGUCCUCUCCCAGAGGUGCGACUCACUAGCAGGAUGGUGGACAUUACUACUUGAGAAGGAGGGCAGAAAACAUGCUCGAAGGGAACGAAAGCGGAAAGAGAAGGAAGCCGAGAUGAAGCUACUCCGACGUUUGAGUGGUGCUAGUAGCCGUCUCGAAAGGAUAGCGCCUACACUAGAAGAAGUUGAUGAGGAGGGAUCACCUGGAUUCGUACUACCACGCCGUAGUGGCAGUGGAAGUCGAGGUCGAACUCAGAGAAGGAGUACACCUCAGAUCCUUGUCAGCGACCUUCCACAACUUCCAGAGGGUGACGUCGUACAAUCCCCAGGUGCCAAAACGCCUCCCCCCCCUCUUGAUAAGGACUCAAUACGCUCACAAAGUGGAUCUCGACCCUCCUUGCCUCCCAAAGAGCGAAAUCGCCGGAGCAGCACUCUACAGAUAGUCGCAACCAAUCCGGACCUCGUCGGGCCUCUAAAUGGGGUUGGCAAGAGACGUGGAGGGAAGCUACGCAAUCGACAAUUCCUAAGUCAGCUUACUGCAAUCAAGCAUUGGUUUGUUGAAUCCACCAAACGCGCCAGAUCGCCCGGAGGCUCAAAGUUGGACAAGUCAUUGAAUGGCAGCUCCCAUCUCUUAAACGCCAACAAUGCCUUUGGUCGAUCCGACAACAAUAUCAGAGGAAUAAACGACCGCGAGAACAGGUCCUCUGUGGGCUCCGCGCUGACACCAGUCACAUCGAACCCAAAUCAAAUAGCUUCCAUGACCGCACCCGGAGGCCCUCGCAUCGACACUUCGCGUGCAAGGAAUCGCAACUCGCUUUCCCCCUCACCUCUCACCCCUCGCUCAUCAUAUCGCCGAAGCUCAACCGGUCUUCGUGGUCGCAAAUCCACAUCGUCUUCCGUUUCCUCCGUACGGAGUAUGCCCCGACAUAAAUCACAUAGCAAAGCCUCAUCUCAGAGCUCAAACAGUAUUGACACCAUCAACAGUCCUCGAACCAGAAGUGCUGCACACUCUCCUCACUCUUCGAUCAAAGUCCUCCCUGCGACACCGACCUCAAACAUAUUUUCUUUGAGCGCUCGGUCAUCGAGAACGCAAGGUGCUGAUGGAACAAUUCAACCACGUCCACUCUCUGGAACCUAUGAUGAUAGUUCGCGUCUGUCCUUGACACCCCAGGCUGGUCAAUUUGGGUCCGGUGUCAUGUUUGCUCGGAGGAAGAAGUCGCCAUUUAAAGGCCCCACGCUGAAUCCUGCAUUCUUCACCGCCUCUACGAUUCCCGCCGCAUUUGGUAGCCCUGCAAUAGUUAAUAGCAGAAACCGUGAUGAAUCAGAUGGACAUCUGAACCUCGGCUUGAAGGGCUUGAUGAAUGGUCACAAACGACAGAACAGCAGUAAGCGGAAAAGCCAGAUCAUCGAGGAGGAAGAGGAGGACGAACAACACCGAAUCGGAGAAGAGGAAGAGGACGAAGAUAUUGAAGAAGUCGAUGCAUUUGCGGCUGUCAAACUAGGCAGGGGUGAGCGAGUGCAGAGUAUUACGAUUUUGAACGACGCAAUCGACGAAGACAACACGACGGUGAAAGGGAGUCCUGGAAAUAACUGA